CGAGAACGUGAUGUUCAUCAACAAGAUCAAGGAGCAGCUGAUGACGGAGAAGGCGUGCGCGAAUUCGCCCAGCGUGCCCUCGCCGAGCCCCCAGCCGCCGGCCGCUCAGACCCCCACUUCGCAGGCGCCCCCUCCUCAAACACAACAGCAGCAGCCGCAGCAACAACAAGGCGCCGUCCAGACGUACCCGGUGUCCCUCGGCAACUCCGGCGACGCAUCAGCGGCCCCCUCCUCCACAGGGGUGACCGAAAACAUGGCCGUGCUGCCCCUGCCGUCCCCCGCCCUGAUGGCAGGCCUGGUGAUCACGUCGCCCAGUUCGGACCUGACGGCGUCGAGCGGGGGUCUGAGCCCCCUGGCCCAUGGCGCCCCCACGUUCUCGCUGGCGGGGGGCCAGACCAUGAUCGUCGCGGCCGGCGCGCCGCCCCCCCAGGCCGCAGGGCCGGACAAGAAGCCCGGGGAGGAAGGCCGGAUCACCGCGGCAACAGAGGCCCCGGCCCAGGGCAAGGCUCCAGGCAGUCGGAAACGCAAGGCCCGGCCCAGCGAGGCGUCCCUCAGCGACCUGGACGACCCCUACGCCCUGCCCAACGACGAGGAAGGGGGCAAGGACGGGAAGGCCUACAG